GUAGAUCCGAGGAACGGUGUUUGAUCGGUCGGAAUCAACCUAACAGAGACGAGGUAUGAGAAAUAGAUCAUUGAGGACCUCUCUGUUAAGAUUGAUGAUACUCGUUCCGUUGACUCUGGACAACAUGGUCCUAGCGACAGCGGCGAACGGCGACGUUCAUCAUCAUCGAGUAACGAGGAGGAUUCAUUUACCCCGCGCCGUGGAUACGUCGAAAAAGUUCAUCUGCAGGGAACCACAGUCUCGGGCGUACAACCUGAGGGACUUGAUGCAGAACGUGCAUAAAAAUUCUGGGGAAAGUGCCAUUCAGCCAGUUUAUAUUGUUCUGAAACGUUGCGACGGGCACUCGGGUUGUUGCAUGAGCCCGGAUAUGAGCUGUUCGCUGGUAGAAUCCUCAAUUUAUUACGAGGAGAUGGAGAUCGAGAUCUGGAGCCUCGAGACAAACGGCACGAGGAGACAGUGGAUAAGGAUAGAGCAGCACGGCAGGUGUGCGUGCGAAGUGACCACGAUCAAUGAUCGAUAUCAGCUGGAAUAUCAACGACCUAACGUAACGCUUAUUUAAUGGUGGGAAAUCCGAACACUGAACGUUUCAAAUAUUUCGUGAUGUUUUAGCGAGUGUAAAAUAGAAACGAACGACAUUAUCAACUCGUUGUGCUCGUCUUUGCUGUGCGACAGUUUAGUGUACUGGCUCGGUUGAACAUGAAUGUAACGUGCAAACAAGAUUGGCUCAUAGCCCAACGAUGUGAUUGCUGAUUUUUCAUUGCCAAAAUGUCGGAAAACCAUUGGUGAACACCUGUUUUACUAAGAAGUAAUAUAGACGUUAUCGUGUCCGACGAAACAAUUAAAGCGUUAAUGUCACAGAGAGGAUUAUAAUUCAUAAAGGAAUUAGUAACAUCCAACGAAACAUUUAUAUUCAAAAGGAAAAGAAAUUUAUGAAUGUUACUGCAUAAUGAAAAUUAUAAUGUAAAUAACUCAUUUAACUAGUCAUAUUUAUCACUUUUCCGUUUAAUUACUGAUAAUGUUGCGUUAAACAAA